AUGAAGUACCUGAUAAUAAUCGCGACCAUCGCAACACUAACUUUAGCCAGACCCCAGGUCAAUGAGCGCGUUCAUUUCCCAAAUAAAAGACCGACAGGCGGUACCGUUCCCAAAACCGUUCAUGUAGAAAACGCCAUCGUAAACCCCAUAGAUCAGGAAACUACCAUCGACGAAGUCAGAGUACCGGCGCCCAAAAACUACGUGCCCCACGAAUUCGAGAGGAAACAAAACGAAGCCGCUAGAUACGAAUUUUCUUCCAACAUCGAUGACCACAUCAGCGACCUCACUCACCAAAGAUCCGAAACUAGAGAAGGUUUGGCCGUUAGAGGUAUGUACUCUUAUAGUGAUGGGUACUAUCAGAGAACGGUUCACUAUGAAGCUGACCAAAAUGGAUACAGGAUAACCGGAAUGGAAGCGGUACCAUUGGAUGGUCCCCAAAUCGAUUUGACCGGUACAGCAUCUGUGGAAACUGCGGCUCACGGCAGGCACGUAGCUUACAGGGUUCAGAGCGUACCAGUGGAAGGGCCGGUAGCGAAAGUGAGGGAAAUCGGCGAGAUAUAG